AUGACGACAUGGAAUAUUCCAGAAGAUCUCAACACAAAUCAAUCAAUAAUCUAUCAAUUUCACGACAGUUCAUCUUCUCCACUUUUUAACCAUCUCCGACGAAGACAAUCAAUAUUCAGCCAUCACGAUAUGAAUAAGGCGGAUAACAAAGAUGACAAUGAGCACAAUUAUCGUCAAAAUAUUCACAAGCAUACAGCCGACAUCGGACCAGAGUCCAAGAUCUGGACUACCCCAACAGAUUCUAUUCACAAAACUUCGAAGGAAAAGAAAAUUGGACAGCCGGAAAAUACUCAUUCCCACGGUGAUUAUGGCGCUAUUUUACUUCGUUGGGUUGCUCUUUUAUUUAUACCAGCUGCUAUUCUCUAUGUUAUUCCUAAGAGUUAUAGGUUUCUUGGUGCUCCCGUUACUGCAUUUUUAUUUCUUAUGGGUGUUGUUGCCGGCUGUUUUGCUCGUCCACAUGUUACCUCUCAGAGCCACGUUGUUGGUGGUCUCGCUGGCUGGUUCAGUGUUUCUCUUCACGUAACCACUGGUUGGUUAGGAGACUCAGCUCCGGCUGUUCUUGUGGCUGUUUUUGUGGUUCUUUGGGGACAUUUCAUUAAUGAUGAUGAUGGCCAUUAUUCUUUUCCCUUCGUUGUUCUUCGUCUUAUUUGCGCUGUUAUUGAUUUUAAUCUUCUUGAUAGUACUGCUGCUGGAGUUGCUGCCAGUGCUGUACUUCUUAUGGGUAUUGGUGUCAUCUUCAAUAGUCCUGCUGAUAUUGUCAAAGCCAUACGUGCCACUUUUACCCAUGUUUUUUCUCUAUACCAGGAAGUUGCUGGCUUUAUGCAUGGUCGUUACUAUAAUCACCCGGGGCAUACUGAAACCACUAGCCGUAGUUCUACUCUAUUUGCCGAACCGACUAAAGAGACCAACCGUCGUUCUGUGGAAUGUACUGAACUCAGUUCCAAUGAUAAUGAUGAACUAGGUGAACUUCAUCAAACCGAACAAAUAUCUAUCACUCAUCAUGCUGCGGGCCAUCACAUUCUUCCUGCUGAAAGCGAUUACAUGCUUCGUGCUGUACUUGAUGAACUUCCUAAAAACGAUUACACGCUUCGUGCUGUACUUGAUGAGCUUCCUAAAAACGAUUACAUGCUUCGUGCUGUACUUUAUAACCUUGCUGAAAACGAUUACAUGCUUCGUUCUGUACUUGAUAAACUUGUUAAAAACGAUUACAUGCUGCGCGCUGAACUUGCUAAGCUUCCUGAAAACGAUCACAUGCUUCGUGAUGUACUUGCUCAGCUGGCUAAAAACGAUCACGUGCUUCGUGUUGUACUUUAUAAGCUUGCUCAAAACAAUCACAUGCUUCGUGCUGUACUUGAUAAACUUGCUAAAAACGAUUACAUGCUGCGUGCUGAACUUUAUAAGCGUGCUGUACUUGAUCAGCUUGCUAAAAGCGAUCGCAUGCUUCGUGCUGUACUUGGUAAACUUGCUGAAAGCGAUCGUAUGUUUCGUGCUGAACGUUAUAAGCGCGCUAAAAGCGAUCGUAUGCUUCGUGCUGAACCUGAUAAGCGUGCUGGACGUUAUGAGUAUGCUGAACUUGCUAAGCUUGCUGAAAGCGAUUACAUCCUUCGUGCUGUACUUGAUACGCUUGCUAAAAACGAUGACAUGCUUCGUGCUGAACUUGAUACCCUUGCUAAAAACGAUGACAUGCUUCGUGCUGAACUUGAUGCGCUUCCUGAAAACGAUCACAUGCUUCGUGCUGAACUUGAUAUACUUGCUGAAAACGAUCACAUGCUUCGUGCUGAACUUGAUACGCUUGCUGAACGUUAUGAGCGUACUGAAAGCGGUCGCAUGCUUCGUGCGGAACUUGAUAAGCUUGCCGAAAGCGAUUACAUGCUUCAUGUUGUACUUGAUCAGCAUCCUGAAAGCUAUGACAUGCUUCGUGCUGUAGUUGAUAAGCUUGCUGAUAACGAUGACAUACUUCGUGCUAAACGUGAUCAGCAUCCUGAAAGCUAUGACAUGCUUCGUGCUGUAGUUGAUAAACUUGCUGAUAAUGAUGACAUACUUCGUGCUGUACUUGAUCAGCAUCCUGAAAGCUAUUACAUGCUUCGUACUGAACUUGAUAAGCUUGCUAAAAGCGAUCACAUGUUUCGUGCUGAACUUGAUGCGCUUGCUAAAAACGAUCACAUGCUUCGUGCUGAACUUUAUAUGCUUGCUGAAAGCGAUCACAUGCUUCGUGCUGUACUUGAUCAGCAUCCUGAAAGCUAUUACAUGCUUCGUGAUGUACUUGAUAAACUUGCUGAUAACGAUCACAUACUUCGUGCUAAACUUGAUCAGCAUCCUGAAAGCUAUUACAUGCUUCGUACUGAACUUGAUACGCUUGCUAAAAACGAUGACAUGCUUCGUGCUGAACUUGGUACGCUUGUUAAAAAGGAUCAAAUGCUUCGUGCUGAACUUUAUAAGCUUGCUAAAAGCGAUCACAUACUUCGUGCUAAACUUGAUCAGCAUCCUGAAAGCUAUUAUAUGCUUCUUGCUGUACUUGAUAAGCUUGCUGAUAACGGUCACAGGCGUCGUGCUGAACUUGAUAAGCUUGCUAAAAACGAUCACAUGUUUCGUGCUGAACUUUAUAAGCUUGCUAAAAACGAUCACAUGCUUCGUGCUGAACUUUAUAUGCUUGCUGAAACCGAUCACAUGCUUCGUGCUGUACUUGAUCAGCAUCCUGAAAGCUAUUACAUGCUUCGUGAUGUACUUGAUAAACUUGCUGAUAACGAUCACAUACUUCGUGCUAAACUUGAUCAGCAUCCUGAAAGCUAUUACAUGCUUCGUACUGAACUUGAUACGCUUGCUAAAAACGAUGACAUGCUUCGUGCUGAACUUGGUACGCUUGUUAAAAAGGAUCAAAUGCUUCGUGCUGAACUUUAUAAGCUUGCUGAAAGCGAUCACAUGCUUCGUGCUGUACUUCGUAAGCUUGCUGAGAACGAUCACAUAUCUCGUGCUAAACUUGAUCAGCAUUCUGAAAGCUAUUACAUGCUUCGUGCUGUACUUUGUAAACUUGCUGAUAACCAUCACUUACUUCGUGCUGAACGUUAUGAGCGUGCUGAAAGGGUUGGCAUGCUUCGUGCUAUACUUAGUCCGUUUGCUGAAAGCGGUCACAUGCUUCAUGCUGUAUUUUAUAAACUUCCUAAAAGCGAUUAUAUGUUUCGUGCUGUACUUGAUAUACUUGCUGUAACAGCUCAUACUUCUUUCAAUUAUGCUGUUGCUAUUACUGAGAAUGCUCUUAUACCGAUUGCUCUCAUUUUGGGCACUGGUAUUGGCAUGUAUUUUGAUGAUAGUCAUCCGAUACAGUUUUUUAAUAUUGAAGAAAUGGGAUUAUCUGUUACAUACAAUCAUCUGAUCACAAAUUCUCACUUAUCACCAUUCAAUAAAAAACAAAAUGUAGAUAAAAAACAAUCAAUCUGUUCAGCGAAGAUUUUAGAUAAGAAACAAAACAAAAAGAAAAACUUUAAAAUUCUAUUUAAAAAAAAACAGAACUUACGAGAAAAAAUUCUUCGGUGGAAAUAA